ACAGAACUACAUUUCCCGGCAUUUGUCAGAAGGCAGCUUCAGCAGCGGUCUUUUCCCAGCAUUCCAUGUUUACUUCCGGGCUUUUCAAUACAGAAGGAAGAACGCUUUCCUCCUCGCCAUGGCUGAGCUGAUCCAAAAGAAGCUGCAGGGAGAAGUGGAGAAAUACCAACAGCUGCAGAAAGACUUGAGUAAAUCUAUGUCAGGGAGGCAGAAGCUUGAGGCACAACUAACAGAAAAUAACAUCGUGAAGGAGGAACUGGCCCUGCUGGAUGGAUCCAACGUGGUCUUUAAACUUCUGGGUCCUGUGCUGGUCAAACAGGAGCUAGGGGAGGCUCGGGCCACAGUGGGGAAGAGGCUGGACUAUAUCACGGCUGAAAUUAAACGAUAUGAAUCUCAGCUUCGAGACCUUGAGAGGCAGUCAGAGCAACAGAGGGAGACCCUUGCCCAGCUGCAGCAGGAGUUCCAGCGGGCCCAGGCAGCAAAGGCAGGGGCUCCUGGGAAGGCCUGACCCAUGGUGGGGGGGAGGGGAGGGAAGGGAAUGAA